CACCGUUAUCCACUGGACCUUGGGACUGACCACCACCAUCAUCAUCGCGCCAUGCAUCUCGCUCUGUACGUCCUGGGCGCCUGCCUCUCUCUCCUGCCGUGGGGAGGUCACGCUGCCGAAGAGGCGUGCCGAGUGAAAGAGAGCCAGCUGAAGCCUCUACACCUGGAGUUGGAGGCUGAGUUCAAGUCCCGUUACCGCACGGGGUCUCGAUUCGUGAGCUUCUUCAGCGACACGGAGUACGCGGUGCCCGCUCGCUCGGCCGUGCGCUUCGCCUGCCUCAAGAAGUUCGUGCCCGCGGGGCCACUGGACGGCAGCUGCCUGGGGGGCAAGCUGAACAUGCCCGUGUGUGAGCCAGAGCCGUGCCGCAGGCUGGUGGUGACCCACGGCGAGAUCGCCAUGACGGGUGACUCGGUGCGUCACAACUUCAGUAGCAGCCUCACUUGCGCCGUCGGCUACGAGGGCUACAACCGCGUCACCUGCCACGCGGGAGUUUGGGAGCCGACCCCGGUGUGCUGUGCCCGGCCGCCCUCCACGGUACAGAACGGCCGCGUGUCCGUGGAUCGCGAGCGCCUCCUGGCGCUGCUCACGUGUGACGAGGGCUACGAGCCGGCCAAGGGAGCUCAGGCCGCGUGCAGAUCAGGAGCCUUUGACGUGAAAGCGUUCGCCUGCAAGGAGCGUAAGUGUGACACGGACCCCAAGAGCUACCUGCACGUCAGCAGCAUCGGCAAGGGCCGCGAGCCGGGCUCGCUGUCCGUGAGCUGCAAGAAAGGAUUUGUGACCAUCGCAGGCCCCACUCGCUGCGAGCGCGGCCGCCUGGUGCCGGAGCCGUCGUGCUGCCCGGACGCGGUGCCGGUGGCCCGCGGCUCGGUGCGAGUGCGCAGCGCUACGGGCUCGGUGAGCGCCGACCUCACCUGCGACGCCGGCCUGGCGCCCCGGAGGGACUCGUCCAUCGCCUGCAACCGCGGACUCUGGGACGCCGAGAAGUUGGCGUGCGAACGGGCACCUGCCGCUAACGAAGUGAAGAGUUGCAUGGAGGGAGUUUGCGUGAUCCGCCCUAAAGAGGCAAACCUCCGAACGGUGGAAACCCAGAAGCUGCUGCACCUGACGUCGCCACGUCCGAGCGUGGCGCGCGUCACGCUGCCCACCACGCGGCACCGCUCCAAGUGCCUCUUCUUCUCAUACGUAGGCCGCAAGCCCUGGGCCAUCAAGCCCGUCGGAGGCGGACUGCCCGGCCUGCAGAUGGAAAGUCGUGCCUCCAUCAGCUACGGGUCGGCCGUCAUUCCCAUCGUUGGAGACAUCACUGAGGUGGAGCUGGAGUUGACCUUCUCUGACCUGGCGCUGGAGGAUGCCCACGUGGACGUUUGUGACCUCGCUGAGCUCGGACUCACGCCGGCUCAGAGCAGGGGCUGACAACCCUCACCCACCCACUCACCCAUCCACUCACCCAUCCAAUCACUCACCCACUCAUUCACCCACUUACUCACUCACCCACCCACUCACUCAUCCACUCACCCACUCACUCACUCACCCACUCGCUCAAUCACUUAAUCACUCACUCAAUCACCCACUCAUUCACCCACCCACUCACCCACGCACUCACCCACUCACCCACUUACUUACUCACCCACCCACUCACUCACCCACUCGCUCACUCACCCACUCACUCACCAACUCACUCACUUAUCCACUCACUCACCCACUCAUUCACCCACUCACCCACCCACCCACUCACUCACUCACCCACUCACUCACGCACUCACUCACCUACUCACUCACUCACUGACUUACUCACUCCCCACUCACACACUCACUCAACCACUCAUUCACUAACCCACGCACUCACCAACUCACCCAACCACUCACCCACCCACCCACUCACCUACCCACCCACCCACUCACCCACCCACUCACCCACUCACUCACCCACUCACCCACUCACCCAGCAAUGUCCCAAGGGAGUGACUCUCACGGCCGGACGUAGCAGCGAUCAGCAACGAUUCCGGCCGGGGCGAUGAUUCCACAAUAAAGUCUUGCUGUGUGCGGGUUAGACCGACUGAGUUGUGAAUGUUGUGUCGUCAACACCCUCCACCACCAGCCCGUUUGGUGUGGCGGGCCGGGGAGCAGACACACCAGGAUGUUGAUGUAAUAAAGGUCAUUGAGGCGACUUCUGGAA